ACUGGGAUCCAGGUGGCAAAGGGAGAGAUGGGUGACUCCAAGAGCAGUCUUGGCUUCCUCGUUUUGCUUCUGAUUGUCUUGUUCAGCGGGACGUCCAGCGACCCUCAUUCUCUUUCCUAUAAUUUCACCAUCAGUCCUUGAGCCAGAUAUGGUCAGUCAUGGUGUGAGGUUCAAGGAGAAGUUGAUGAAAAGGUCUUUCUCUCCUAUGACUGUGGUACAGCUAAGAUCAAGUACCUUAGUCCACUGGGAGAGGAAGUGAAAAAUAUGAGCACCUGGGAAACACAGACUGUCACACUCAGAGACACUGGAGACCUGUUGAAGGAGCAAAUGCCUCACCUUAUACCAGAGAAACACACAGACAAGGGCCCUCUGACCCUGCAGGCCAGGAUGACAUGCUGGCGUGAAGACAAUGGACACACCAGUGCAUUCUGGGAGUUUGGCUUCAAUGGACAGCUGUGCCUCCUCUUUGAUUUGGAGAAUGGACACUGCACAAUGCUUCAUCCUGGAGGGAGACAGAUGAAAGAGAACUGGGAGAAUGACAGGGCUGUGACGGACUUCUUCAGGAAGGUCUCCAUGGGAGACUGUCGGGCCUGGCUUCAGGCUUUCUUAGUGCGCUGGGAGAAAAUGCUGAAGACCUCAGGUAAGUGAGAAGAGUAGGAGAAAGUGGUCGUCCUCUCAUGGUGACAUGGACCCACUCCCGUGUGUGUGUGUGUGUGUUUGAGAAUGUGAUCCGUCAGAGGUGAGUUGUUCCUGGGAGAGCAAUGGCCCAGGGAGG